GAUGCGAAAGUAGUCAUCUAUUUCGCUUGAUAGCUCUGAACUCAAAUACGUCUGGCUGUAUUUCUGCAAAACAUUUAAGAGGGAUUGAGCAGAGAAACCAUUCAACACUAAUGUUUAAGUACAUUGUUAUGGGAUUGCGUGGAUUCUUUUUAUUAGCUGCCAAGAUAUGGAGUUUUAUAUGUUACUGCUUCAGACGGCAAGUUCGUGCAGUAAUUCAACACCAGACUGUGAAAUACGAAAUUGUUGCACUGUCUCCAUUGUCUAAACACAGACUGAGCAUGUUAAAAAAGAAGACCCUUGUUUUAGAUUUAGAUGAAACAUUGAUACAUUCACACCAUGACGGGGUUCUACGACAAACAGUCAAACCAGGAACACCGCCAGAUUUUGUACUCAAGGUUACAAUAGAUAGACACCCAGUGAGGUUUUUUGUUCACAAGAGGCCACAUGUAGAUUUUUUCUUGGAAGUGGUGAGCCAAUGGUACGACUUGGUUGUAUUUACUGCAAGCAUGGAGGUUUAUGGGGCAGCAGUUGCUGACAAAUUAGAUAACAAUCGGGGAAUACUUAAUCGCAGAUAUUUUAGGCAGCAUUGUCAUUUAGACUGUGGCAGUUACACAAAAGAUCUAUCCCAUAUAUGUAGUGACCUCUCCAGUAUAUUUAUUCUUGACAAUUCACCAGUAGCUUACAGAUCUUUUCCAAAUAAUGCUAUUCCAAUAAAGUCGUGGUUCAGUGAGGCGACCGACACGGCCCUCCUCUGUCUCUUGCCCAUGUUAGACGCGCUGCGUUUCUGCAGUGACAUACGAUCUGUGCUGUGCCGCAACCUGCAUCUACAGCGGUCCUGGUAGCGCCGGCGGUGAGGGGCCAGCAACUGUUACUGUACAUACAUACAUCAUCGUCGUCGUCGUGUCUUCGUCAUUACUCUGUUUACCACUCAUCUCAUCGCCAUUCGUAAACAACAACAGUGCUGUCAUUCGAUCUGAACAUGUUUCAUAACUGCUGUCAGUGAUGUCUGUUGUCAGUUAAUACACGUCUGUCGUCCAUCGGCAAAACCUAGUAACUCCUUUUUUGCUUGUUCUGAUAAAUCGAUCCUUGUCAGUGGGCCCAUUGGGCUAUCUCACGUUCCAGCCAGUGCACCACAACUGGUAUGUGCUAUCCUGUCUGUGGGAUGGUGAUAUAAAAGAUUUUGCUACAGGUAAAAAUUACCAAAUGUUUGACAUCCAAUAGCCGAAGAUUAAUAAAUUAGUGUGCGCUAGUGGUGUUGUUAAAACAAAACAAACUUUAAUCUUGUUCUUAGAAAAACGAGAAAUAGUCAAGUCGUACCUGCUUGGAGACUUCUUGAUUGUGAUAACAAGAUUAUUGCUUAAACAAUAAGUAACAUUUUAAAGUAACUUAUUUUACUUUUUGGGUGGCGUGAAAUUUUUGUGGCUUUUAAUGAAAAAACUCGGCGAGUUUCCUCUCUAAGACUGUAUGUCAAAAUAACCAAAUUUCCAAUAGCUGAUGAUUAAUCAUUCAAUGUGCUCUAUUAUUGUCGUUAAACAAAACAAACUUUUUUUUUUGCCAGUGCAAGCUUACUGCAGUUCUGUUUGCAAUAAUUCAUUGAAAAAUAAGCUAUUAACAACCUAUACUCCGUCCCAUCCUUUUACAAAAAUGUUUUUUGUUAAUAAUUUUAGUUUGGUUUGACUUAAUAAAAAAAGUUUUAAAAGUGUUUUGCAACUAACAAAACCCCCCACUAUUUCUGUGUACAAUUUAGAAAACAAUCUGCUCGGAAAUAAAUAACUUGUAGUAAAAUUCCUUAGUAUGAAAAAAGGCGUUCCCAGUGGGAAGGACUACAGUAACUUGAAAUCUGAAAUCAUCUGUUUUGACCAAAAUUAGAGUUACUAGGUUUUGUUGUUAGAUGGUAGAGUUGUGUUUGUUGACCUUUCAUAUGAUGUAAGUGCACAUGUCUUAUGUGCAUCUGUGUGUGUGUGUGUGUGUGUGCGUGCGUGUGUGUUUGUGAAUGUGUAUGCAUGAAUGUGUGCAUGUAUGUGUGUACAUACAUGCAUGAGUUUGGGUGCAGACAUGCAUGCGUGUGUGUGUGCAUACAUUCAUGAAUGUGGGUGUGCAGUCAUGUGCACACCCAUGUAUGUGAGGUGUAUACUGAAGGAGAAACCUGUUUCAUUGUGAUGGACGUUCCACCCAUGAUACGUGCUGUAGACACUCGGGUGAUCAUAUCAAACGUGGACUACACAGAUUUGUUUAAAAGAAUAUUUUUACAUAUUUAUAACCAAUUUUCUUUAUUCGUAACUGAGGCGUGGUUUUUAUUGUAUGACCUACCAUAACAAUUUGUUGUGUACAGUUUGGUUAAGCUAUGUUUCGAAAGCUGCAACUAGGCAUGACAUCAUAGUCAUUGAGACAAAUUUUAGAAAUUUUUUGCAAAGCUGUAAUAUUUUUAAUUUAAGUUUAAUUUUUUUUUUUAUGAAUGUGCAUCAAAUAUCUCACGAAAUUCCCAACAGUCAACUGUAAUGCCUCAAAAUCGUUAAUAAGACUUAAUUAGUAACAGCAAUUUUUCUUAUUAAUACAGUGCAACCCCUCUAAAUCGGACACCCUAAGGACCAAGACAAAUAUCCGAUUUUAAGAGGGAUCCAGUUUAGAGAGGUUAACUUCUGUCCUGGUUUUUAAAAAGGGACUGGGUAAAAUGUCCAGUUUUGAGGGAAUUCCGGUUUUGAGAGGUUUCACUGUAUAAUGCAUUGACAUGGUCUUUAUUUGUACUAAUUCCUAUUAUAAAACGAUAUUAAUUUCAUGGGCUGUAUAAAGUAAGAGCCUUAUUUUUUAUUAUUAUUAUUAUUAAUAUUUUUCAAGCAGUGCUGUUCAAAGACAUUUGAAUUAUUCUGUACAGAACUAACUCUGGGUCAGUAGAAAAUUUCGUCAAAUUAUCUAUUAAAACUUGCAGAAACCCAGUUAUUUUUGUAUCAAAAUAUCAAUUAUUAAAUGGAAUUGUUUUGCCAAAUUAAAAUAAAACUCACCAAUUGUUUUUGAAAUUCACGAUUGGCGAAUUUGGCAAGUGCCACAGCUAGCCCUGCUGUAAAAUAAACUGAGAUCGCUAUGUCGUAGAAAGUAACUUCUGCAAUGCACAAGUUGCCUGCUUAUUUUUGCAAAUAUUCCGAUAGUGGACAGGCAUUUUGCCAGACAAUAGUAUGUAAUAUAAAUAAAGCAGACUAUAAGUUCUUUUAACAGUUGGAUCUAGGUUUGAAUUUUUUUUUUAUUUAACCUUGUACGUCAAGCACUUCAACACGUAUCUGAACAGCAGUUCCCUAACUAGGAUGCAUCUAAAAACUAAUCCUGUAAUUAGAAAAAUGUACAUUGCAAAAAAACAUGCUACAGAAAAAAUAUUGAAUAUAGUCCACAACAAAGAAGAAUUAAAAACUCCGUAGCAUUUCUGAUUGCCAUGGGGAAAUCAAUGGAGAGGUUGAAAAAUUAAAACGUCACACAGACUAUAUAUCCAAGAUUUUGGAGUACAUAAUUGACCCUCGGUACCCUCUAGCAAAAACCCUGACUACAUAGUGUUAUCUUGGCUGAUAUUUUAGUUCAAUAAAAGUUACAUAUCAACAUGAACAAAACACUUGUGAAUAAAAAAAAUUAAUUAAAUAACACUCAAAUUCAUAACUGUUUAGUGUUCAUUACAAAUCACAUGUGACUGAUUUGUUAUGGCUAACCACAGCAACUUUAUAUUAUCUUGUGAAAGUAAUAGUUUUGUCAUUGCAAUACCAGCUGUUUUCUUCAGCAUAAAUCUGAACCCUUUUUCAUUUUUUUUAUUAUUGAAUUCAAAAUCAUAAUGUUUCAAUGUGGCAGUCUUGAUGUUGUGUAACUAUAAUAACAUUUAGACAUGAUAUUGUUGUUAACACUGAUUAUUGAGUCUAUUAAUUAGUCAUUUAGAUAAGGCAGGGCUUGAAACUUGUGUGUCUGAUAUAACCAUAAUUUUGUUUACAUACAUGUACUGUGUUAAACAAGGUAGCCAAUUAAUUGGUUGCAAUAAUUACACUGAUGGAGGUAAACAAAAAUUAGGUCAUUAUGUUCCUUUGCCAUUUUCUCAGGCCGAAAGACUACAAUGUAAUAUCUUCAUUAAUUUUGUGGCGAUUUCGGAAACUUUUAAUAAAUAUGUGAUGUUCAUAGAUUAAAAAAUUAUGGAACGGGGUGCUAAUUAUGUUUCUAUGUAGGAAACUGCUUAUCUAAAGUAGGCAGAGCUAUGAUAAGCCCCCUCCCAGGAAUUAAUUAGUUAAUUUGGUAUGAGGUGUUCGUUAUGUUUCAAAGUACCUUAGGAAACUACUUGACCAAAGUAGAUGGAGCUAUGUUAAGCCCCUCCCAAAAAUGAAUGAAUUAAUCGAAAAUGAAGUGUUCAUUAUGUUUGUUUUAAAGUUCAAAGCUGUUUUAUCCAAAGUGGGUGGAGCUAUGCCAAGUCCAUCCCCAAAAGUUUAAUGAAUCUGUAAUGAAGUCUGAAACAUUUCAUUGCAAACAGUAGCUAGUACACAAACAUCACAUUAAAUGUUGCCAGCUUAUUAUUAACAGGCCUGUUAACCCUUUCCCUGUAAGGUUUCCUCAAUGUACUGUUCAUUUAUUGAGAUUGUUUUUAAGUGGUUAAAAGAGGUUAAAAGAAUUAAAGGUGCUAUGUCAAAGUUGCAAUAAUGGCAGUUCCCGCCAAAAAUAUAAAGUUUAUACCGUAACUAUAUGCCCAUAAAGUAUCACAAACAAAUAAUUCUGUUUACUUGUAGAAUUUCUUUUUAUUUUAGAGGGAAUUUUGAGAGUUUGUCACAUGCAUUAACUAGUGAUGUCAGUGUUUUAUGCAUACACAUUGAACACACUGAUUAUUUCCAUAAUUCUUGUCGUCCAGUACAAGACUUAUAACAAUUGUUAUUCUUGAGUUAAUUAUGGAAAGAUUAUGCGUAGGAUCAAUUAAUUUGUAGUUAUAUAUUACAAAUAAAUGUGAAAAUAACAAAAUAUUGUGUAGUUUUAACUUUGACAUAGGACCUUUAAGCAUUAACCUGUCCUACGUUCGGCCAGCCAUUUGUCGCUAAAUGUUUACAAACUAUUUUGACAGGUUUCUUAAGAAAACAUUUGCUAGACUGAUUUAUACAAUUGACCCUGAACCCACACUGAGGACAAGUCAGAUCAUUCAUGAACACCAAUCAGAAUAUUUCUUUUCUACUCGGCCUGACCUCAAACAAUGGUUUAUUCCCCAUGGGAUAUUAGUCAGGUCCGAACAUCCCAACAGCCAAUGGGAUGGCUAAAAUCUUCCAAUGAGGCCUCUCCUUCCUGUUCCGGUCAUGUGACUAAAGCUUCAUUCUUUGCCAUAAGUGCAUCAAGAGGAGAAAUGGAAGUAGGAAGGCUGGGUGGUCAGAAACCCUUGAGGUCAGGUGAAGUAUUUCUUAAAAGAAAAAAAAAACACUCCCAAGUUUUCUCCAUUUUGGCCUGAGGUAAGUUCAGCCUGCUGUUUUUCGCUAACGCUUACUAGACUGGAAUUUACCAUAUACAUUAAAUUGAAUGACCACUUUGGGAACCAGUCGAAAUAGUUUGCAAGUGUUUAGUGAAAAACGUCUUGACUGAACUUUGUCUUGGUUGAACUUAGGUGUGUUAUAAAAGCCGGUCAGAUCUUUACAUGACAAAUGUUGUUUUCACACAGUGUCAUUUCUCAUGCCUUCAUGAUAUUCUUACCGUAUAUACCCAUUUUCGGUGUGCAGCUUUCGUUGUCAACUAGACUUUAGUAUUUUGAAAUUUGAAUAUGAAGCUUGCUAGUAAUGUUUAGUGAAUAUUGAAACUGCAAGUACAAACAAAACAAAACCCCUCAAGAAAAACGUAUUGAGUUGAAUUUAUGAAAAAUUGAUUGUCACAUGUUUAUUUUAGAUAUAUGUAAAUAAUAAUACAAGUAUAACAAUAAUACGUUAUGGUUUGGGGGUGGAUGGUGGGGGUGAAAGGAGUAAUGUCUGAACAUAACAAUAUUCCAGUAUUACUGAAAAGCUUUGAAUACAAUUAUUUAUAAAUGCUAAUCUCUGGUUUGUAACAUUAGCUGCUCUGGUGUGUACAUAGAUAAAUAGAAAUAUAUAUAUAUAUAUAUAUAUAUACAUUGUACUAGUAGAUGUAUUUGUUGAACAUUUUGUCAGUGAGUGCUAGAUUUGAUAGUUGGAUAAUGUUAUAUGAACUCCCAACUUAAAACCGUGGCUGUGUGAAAUUUUAAAACUAAUUGAAAGCAUACUGCUGUAGUAUAUGUGAUGUUGUCAUUUAUAAAAAAACACAUUUAUAUAGUACGUGUAAUGUUACAGUUGUUAUGUUUUUGUCAAUAGCAGGUCAAUAUUAACUGGUCACAAAAUUGUAAUCUGUGCCACCAAAUUACCAUUAUGAUGUAUUUUUACGCUGCCUUUCUAUUGGUCUUGUUUCUCGUCGUGCGGCUAGCCAUCCAGUGGUUCUACCCGUGUAGCUAGCACAUUUUCGUUGAAGCCGUCUUAUAACGCAGUUCCUUCCCAGUGAUGUUAUUUCACGGAUUAACCUAGUGGUUCUAGCUAGAUGUCUGACAAAAAAAAAGAUUUGUAUAUGAUUGACGUUUGUUUGUUGCCAUAUAUUUUUGCCAUUGUCAAUGGAAAAUUUUGUGAUUCAAAUCAACUGAUUCAUUUUUUACCACCAAGCCACACCGGUAGAACCGCAUCAAAGAAAAAGCAGCCUUAUGAUAUUUUCAAAAUUAAUGCCUGAUGUUGUCAAUGAAAACAAUAAAAUGCUAUGUAACAAAAAGAAAAGAAGAGAGAAAAAAAAAAGGAUUUGUACUUACGGAAGUAGCAUUAUCAGCUGACAUUUGCUUAUUUUAUCAUAUUUCAGUUCUAUAAAUAGAGUGAAAAGUAAAUAUUGUUUGCUAAAUACAUUGAUAAAUAAAUGAUGUUUGUAAAA